AUGGGAAUCCCGCUCCACUGGGAGCCGCCUGGUCGUUCCCCCGCUGCCAGCGAUGCCCAUGCUAAACGCGACCCGCUAGCACCCUCCCGCUCCGCUAUUCGGCGCCAACGGACAGUCCGCCGUUCUCACAGGAACAAUAAUGGAUCAAACAGUGCUUCUUCAAAUCGGCCUGGCUAUGUGCCUUUCCGCUCCUCAAUGCCUCAUUGGGUAGAGAACCUUGGUCGCCAAAUGAUUGGGGACGGUACUACUGCUUCUGGCGCUCCGACAAGAAGUACAAAUACAACCACCAACGAGCCAGGUACCUCACGUUAUGCCUCCCAGGAUAACGAGUCUCGCCUGGACUGGCCUGCUUCCAGCUCAUACUCACCCCAAACAAGGCGAGAUCUAGUCGACCGGUUGGCCCGAACAAGUGCCAUUCGCUAUUCUUCCCCCAGUCGUCGCAUCAGGAUCCCACGAGAGUCCUCCUUGAGGAUCGAGAUGCUCCAGCCGCCUUCGUGGCCUCCUUCAGACGAACCACCCCACAGGUCGGAGUCGAGCAGUAAUACGACCGUCGAUUCCCGCGUGGACAACCGUCUUGCAGAUAUGGCCUCAUACAGUCCUAGAUUUGCACCAGCUUACCCAUCACAUAGUAAUGAGCGUGCGUUGCCAUCGUCAGAUAGUUACGAUUCUAACAUGCCAUUGUUGCGAAGAGUCGGCCUUCGCUCCAUCGCAGAAACAAACAAUGGAGAUGCCACUCGCCACCGUCACAUCAUCGAUGGACUUGGCGAUCGCGAUCGUAGCUUUAGCCCUAGCGGCGAAAGCCAUCACGACGACCACGACAACAACGAUCCUGAUGAUGAUGAUGAUGGUGAUGAUGGCGAUGACGAACCUAACAUGUGGGAAUCUCUGUUUACCACCAUCACACCAGAUGAUCAGCUCCCAACCCUCGACUCCUCUUUCACCUCCGCCACCGCAUCUGCCUCCACGGCCCCGUCCCGCAGCUCAGCUAAUUCGUCACAAUUAACUCUCCCUUCCUCUUUGGACUCCAACAAUAUCCAAUCUCGACUGGACGUCCUAGCUCCCCUUGAACCAUUCACAGACCACACCAAUCAUUGCGAUUUCUUCUCAUCGUCCGAAGGCUCUGAUACGGAACCGGAAUCGGACAUGGAGCACGAACCCGCCUGGCGACUCUUGGGGCGUAGCAACCGUCCAAAUCCCACCCGUUUAUCAGCAUCAAUGGCAGCACUCGAAGAUACCAUCCAAUACCAACAGCAGCAGCAACAGCUACGGCGACAACGAGAAGAAAAUCUACUCGGAAUGACCCGGACCAUCCGAUCAGUAAUCGCAGAGGCAUCCGCAAACCGCAAUACAAACCGCAACACAAACACGGCCUCCCACCCCUCAUCAUCAACAUCCCCAACGUCCCCAACAUCCACCUCUACACCCACAUCCAUCAACAUCUCCUUCGGUCAGAGCAGCUCCAUGGAAGACCUCCAACAGGUCCAAACAAUCAUCGACCAGCUAACACGCAGGCAAGAUAUUGAUGACGAGUGGUGGGCCGCUGUAGGGUUGUCGCGGAAUUUGGGAAGGGGGGUUACCGAUGUUCCUGCGAGGAAUGGGAAUGAAAAUGAUGGUGAGAGUGGUGGUAAUAGGAAUGCACCGGAGCGAUAA